UGUCAUUAAAUUGACUACUAGAUGAUUAAUACAGCACAUUUAUUGACUCAUGGUCGAAUUUUCCGCAGCGAGUCAUACAAUUGAACUCACAAGGGUCCAAUCAUGUAUCCAAAAAUAACGGAAAAGGAAAAGGAAUUAUUCAUAGGACUCAUCACCACUGUUGCAUAGUUUCUUCACCUCGACAUUUUUUGACCCUCAAAGGAACAAACCAUUUAAACCAACAACAUUUUAUCAUAACAUAAACAACAUGUCCAUUACUCAAAAUGUUUGACGUUACACUCGUCCCAUCGAAGGAUGUAAGUUCAAUCCUCUCUUUAAACCCAUGCUCCAAAAUCACAAAUUUCGUCCUUUUCAUUUUCUCACGCAGCUCUGAUUCUUCAUUUCCGCAAAAGCUAACUUGUCAAUUUUACAGUCUGCAGAAGCUGAAUGGCCUAUAGAAGAACUUUCUUCGUAUAGCUCUACAGGUUACCUUGCUGGAAUAGACAAGUUCGAAGAGCUCCAUCUCGAUGAUACCAAAUAUGAUAACAAAGACGCUUGCAACGAAAUAGCGCUAGCAUCUACCAAAUGGACGAAUGAAUGCCAAACGACAAUUACACCGCCUAGACAAGCACAUUUACCUGAUAGAAAGGAGUUUGUCCCAGGCAUGAACAGCGAGACUACCGGUACCAUGGAGUCUGCAGAGCCUGAAUGGCCGAACGAACAAGCUUUACAUCUCCAUAGCCAUCACCGUGCUGAAUUGAAUAAUUUGGAAGAGCGGCCCGACAACGCGCAAGACAAUAUCCAGGACUGUAACGACAAAAUAUCACAAACAUCCACCUGGUGGCCCGCUCGAUGGUCUAUAACGUGGCCCUAUGCAUUUGACUCGGCGACUCCACCACCUAGCCAAGUUUACUUUCCUAAUGAGACGACUCAUAAUACCACACCCAGUAACCUUGAUCGCAACACCAGUCUCACCGGAAGAAAAGCCAACAAUGGUUUCGAUAAAACAAAAAUUCUGCUAGCCGACCAACUAAUGAAUCGAGUUGCUUCCAUGAACGGAAGCAGAUGCCGUACCCAAGCUACCUCCUGCAAGGAUCUCACUCAAGAUCGUCAAAAUUUGUACGAAGAGGCAGCAGAGGCCUUUAUCGAAUAUGCAAAGAAGCUCAUUUUGCAAUCUGAAGGUCCGAACCAACGAGUUGAUGACUGGAUGGUUAUGGGGUUUAUCGAUGAAGCGUACACAGUGCCGGAAAAUGGAGAGAGGAAGCCUUAUCUUUUUGGAGAAUGGGAGUAUCUCUGGGCGAUUGAUAGAGACGACAUUGCAACGACAAAAUUACCGAUACCAGUGAAAGCUUCUCCACGGCGUCAAUCGUGGAGAGAAAACUGUUUGUGGUUUCCAGAGUAUCUCAUACCGACUCUUGAGGAUUGGAAGUGGUGGUGUGGAGAAUGGAAGAAAGUGCCGGGCGCAAUUUGGGAGUGGAAACCUACGGAGGAGAUAUGGCCGUGGCAACGGGAGUAUUGGGCUGAAGCUCAUGUAUUGGGGGACAAAUCUGGAGUUUCAGAAGAUACGUCGUGAAGGAAAGAAGAUGUAAAUUUAAUCUGGUAGUGUUUUUGAUAACGAAAUCUUGAAUGGGGUUCUCUAAGUAGGAGCGGGGAGGAUUUGGAUCAUAUAUUUCCUUUACCAUGAGACUUUUCUGGUUGUUUGUAGUGGAUUGAUUCUACUGCAUUUGCACAAUAGAGGGCUGUUCUUAAAGUGUAUAUUAGGAGCAAGACUAUUACACAUAACGAGACUGGACAUGG